GAAUUACACUAAUGAUUACACUAAUCUCUUCAAUUCCUAUGCAGAGUUUCAAUUUCAAUAGUGAAGGUACCAUAAUUAAUGAUUACACUAAUUCAACUCCAAGUGUUGAUGAGUAUUUACAGAUCAUAAAAAGCAUGUGUUUCACUGCUGCUCUAGGACCGGAUGGACUCAAUGUUGCUUUCUAUAGAGCUGCUUGGCCUUGGAUCAAACAAACAUCCACAAGCUUGUUACUGAUUUUUACAAUUCUGGUAAUUUCCCUAUCACUCUCAAUGCAACUGAAAUUGUUCUUAUUCCAAAAAAGGCUCAUGCACAUCAUGUCACUGAUUAUAGACCUAUUAGUCUCACCAAUGUGAUCUAUCGCUUAAUUGCAAAAUCCUUAACAAACCGAAUUAAAGAAGAGUUACCUGACCACAUUCAUCAUUCGCAGCAUGCUUUCAUUCAGGGCAGGAGGAUAACUGAUAAUAUUAUAAUUGCCCAGGAAAUUGUGCAUUCUUUCAACCUCAAAUCUUUUAAUCAAGAAGCUUUCAUGUUGAAAAUUGAUUUGGCUAAAGCUUUCGAUAGGAUAGAGUGGUUUUUUGUUCUUGAUGCUUUGCGGCGUAAAGGUUAUCACGGUCAUUUUAUUAAAUUAGUGCAUGCUUGCAUCUCGACCACAUCUUUCUCUAUUAAUGUCAAUGGAGAAGCUUACGGGAUUUCCAGGCAACUAGGGGAAUCAGGCAAGGUUGUCCGCUCUCACCAUACUUAUUUGUUCUUGCAAUAAACAAGCUGUCUUUGAGAUUGCAGGAUGCCAUAGAAAAUGCGGGGCUAACAGGUGUCACCUUAGGUCCGGGCUGUCCACCUAUCCAUUCCAUUCUUUUUGCAGAUGAUCUCAUCAUUUGUGGAAAAGCUGACAUCCAAGAGAUUUACAUUAUUAACAAUAUUCUUCAAAGUUUUUGUGCAAUGUCAGGUCAGACCCCAAGCUGGACCAAAUCUUCAAUUCUUUUCAGCAAAAAGGUAAGUGAAGCUACUAAAACUCAGAUUAAGGUUGUCUUCCCUAUCGCUGAUUUCAAGCCAAACACUAUGCACUUAGGUCAUCCUCUUCUCAUCAGUCACAGAGACGAAAGCAAAGCCUAUGAGUUCAUAUACCAAAAGUUCAAAUCUAGGCUCACCAUGCUAAAAGCAAACAUUCUUAAUCAUGCUGGUAGACUUGCUUUAAUUCAAUCAGUUUUUGCUUCCAUACCCAUCUACUACAUGUCUACUAUCCUAUUCUCCAAGAAUUUUUUUUAACAAAGAUUACAGCAGUCAUACGGACCUUCUGGUGGCAAGGAGUUCAGAAGGACAACCACAAGAAACCUAUCCAUUAUAGAUCAUGGGAUGCAAUUUGCAAACCGAAGAAAGAAGGAGGCUUGGGAAUCAGGAAGCUGGAGCUGGUUAACAAAGGUAUGCUUAUCAACUCUGCUUGGUGCCUUGUGCAUGAUUCAAACUCUAUUGUGGCCAAAAUCCUUAAAGCCAAAUACUUUCCUUCUACUUCUUUGUGGACUGCUCCAGCUUAUGUGCCUAAAUCCGCCUUUUGGGCCUCAAUUUUGAGUAUUAGACAUCAUCUUGAAAACCACGUCACUAUACAGCUAAUAGAGGGCAACACUUCUAUUUGGAACCAACCUUGGUGUCCCAUUUGGAAGGAAAUGCAUGCUCGUCUUAACCUUGAACAAAAUGAAUACCUAAUCCCAAGUAAAGUUUCUGAAUUAUGGAUAACAAAUUCAAAAAUGUGGGAUACCAACAAGAUCAUUACUCUUUUUGGGCAACAAACCUUGAAUAUUCUUUUGCAGAUUCACCCCAUUGCAGGAAAUGGACCUGACAUUCUAUGCUGGAAACCAGCUUCUAAUGGCAUAUGCUCCUCCAAAAGUGCUUACAGGGUAUUGGCAACUGAAGAAACAAUGACCAGACCUCCAGCCGGUGUCCCUUUGCAGGUGGUACAGAUUCUUCGAGGAGUAUGGGCUGACAAAACUAUUCAACCGCGUGUUAAAACCUUCGCUUGGCGACUACUUAGACUUGCACUAGGGACAGCUAGCAGGGUGCAUAGGAUAAUUUCAGCUAUUAAUGAAAAUUGUUCCAGAUGUGGUAACUUGGAAGAUGAAAAACAUCUAUUUUUUGAGUGUAGCUAUGCCAGAGCAGUUUGGUUUGCUUCAUCUAUUGGCCUUAGAACAGAUGCUCUUUCCUCCUCAGGGCGUGGGAUACACACACAGAUUGCUACUAUUUUGCAACAAGGACAAUCACAAGCUUCUGCAGGUAUGAUUUUUUCAAUCAUGUGGUGUUUGUGGAAAUCUCGGAAUGAUCAUAGAUUCAAUAACAAGGAUUGGCCGAUUGCUCGUGUUUUACAUGAGGCAAAGGCUAUUGACAGAGCUUACGAUAUGGGUUUGGAAGAGGACGCUAUAUCAGACCAUAAUCAUAGAAUUAUCCCCAAUGCAAACUGUGUCAAGAAUUUUUUGUGAUGCUUCUGUUGGUCUACAGGAAACUUCACCAGGGCGCAUUCAGACAGGCGUAGGAAUCUUCAUUCUCACACAACCUGCUUGUAGUCUUUCCUCUGCAUUUUUUUUUCAGGUGGCAACAUCACAGGUAUUGGAACCCUUGGAGGCUGAAGCUCAUGCCCUCCUUCUUGGUGCCAGACUGGCUGCUGCUCUGAACUUGCAGGUUGCUACGCUGUUCACCGACAACCAGGUCGUAGCCUCAGCUGCCCAAGCAAGAUCAUGCCGCCUACAACCUGGACACUGGUCGCUACGGCCUGCUCUUGCAGAAUUUGAAGAUAUUACAGGAACAAAGAUUAGAAGAGAAGCAAAUAGGGUUGCAGACAAUCUUGCUAAGCGAGCUAGGCAUGCUACCAUUUCAGAUACUUGUCUCUUUUCUUGCCAGGCUUUAGCGCAUGUCCCAUCGUGUAAUGUGAAGAAAGUUCUGGACCACUUUGAGUGGGGCAUCUUCUCCCAAUAUCUGUACUUUGUUUGUGAGUUAAUGGAAAAAACCAUUCUAAAAAAAAGCAACUGGACCGAGGUGAAUGCAAAAUUUGCAGCCUUUACCUCCGGCCCUGAGCCCCUGACAUCCAUGGCAUCGUGUGAGACUGUGAGUGUGUGAGAAGGUGCGGGCAGAAUGGACGCCCAAAUCUCGCCACCGGCCGGCGUCCCUCCCUGCGCCGUGUCCGCCGCAGUGCUCGCGGCCCUGAUCCGCGGCCACCUGAUUCGGUGAGGAAGGCGACGACGCGGCGAGCCGAGCCUUCUUCUUGCUCCCCAUUCUCUCGAUGCCAUCACCUGGUUCCACCGCGCAGCACCGUACCGGAGAAUGGAGGCCGACGGCCGGUGUGGCUGGCGCGCCAGCGGGAACGGCAUCACCAAGGGCGUCUGACCGGCUCCGGUGCGGCGCGAUGGACGCGCAGACAGACGGCAGCCAGCGCUGCGGUCAGCAGGCAGCAGCUCAGAGUUCGGAAACUUUUGCAGACAUGAGCAGGUGAGUGGCAUUUCUCACUUCAGACAGUAGCGAGUAGCUGGAGCAAGAGUACUUUGCUAGUGUGACGCGAAAGCAAGAACCGCUCGGCUGCUUAGUGUGUGUAUUUACAGGGACGACAGGACACGAUGCAGCAAUCAACCUGCCCACGGUAACA